CAUCAAAGAGUCUCGUUUUGCUCGUGCAUCCACUGUAAGCACCGUCCCCUAGCAGGUGAUAUUUUCUUUGCAGCCUGAGAACAGACUCGACUGCCGAGUGAACUGGUGUCCUACCAUGACAACGAGCUGUGUGUUUUCCUUUCAAACCAAAGGUCGCUAUCAUAAUCUGGAGAUUUUAUGACCAGCAGUCCACUCCACCCAGGAAGGUAACUCAUACACAGAAUCUUUAGAGGAUCACAGGGUCUGAAUCAGCUUCUCAGGCGUCACCCGAGCGUUUUUCGAGAAGAGAGGUCGCAACUUGGAUCUAACCAGCGGCACUGGAAUACAGCAAUAAUGCCAUCCCUUACAAAGAGCCUUUAUUUCAUGUCCAGCGCGCUGUUAACUUCCAUUGCCGUCGGGGUGUUGGGGUUCUGCAUGUCAACGGAAUGGGCUAAGAUGGCCAUGGAGUGCACAAGAAACGGAAGUAGCUUCUCCAAUGGAUCUGCUGUCGUCACUUUGGGCCCUUUUACCGGGCACAUGAACAGAAGCUUUUGCCCUUUGUUUGGAGGCCAGGACGAAUUCACCAUGCUUCAAAGACUGGCAGAUUUGGGAGUUGGCCCGGUGGCUCUGCACAGUGUGGUCCUGUGCCUGUUGGUCCUGUGUCUGGUGUUUUCCGGUGGCAGCAUCCUUAUCUCCCUCUACAACAGCGUCAGCAACCCUUAUGAAACCUACAUGGGGCCUAUUGGCCUCUACGUCUGCAGCUCUCUCAGCGCAUUUUUCUCCGUCCUGGUCCUCCUGAUAUUCGCGUUGAACGUCACCCUGACCAGCAUGGCCGAGGAUUUGGUGCAGAGUUUCGCCGACACUUUGGUAGCAGAGUUGAGGAACAAAACGUCAGAGAUGCAGCUGGGAUACUACCUGGUCGUCCUUUACCCAGGUCUCUCCCUCUUUGUCGUGGCGUUGGUCUACUUUUAUGACCACACAGCCUACACGCAGAGGCGGGAGCAGCAGAGGCCUACAGAGGACGCGCCCAAGGAGAUAAUGAUGUAUUAGUGGUCUGCCACCGAGCGGGCUUUCAGUGACAUUGAUAAAUUGCUCAUCACAUCUUUCUGGAAUAACUUGCUGUAAGAAUUACAGACACAAAUCAAAAUAAACCCCCGAAACAUUUUCUGUGUGUUACGUGAAAUCAGUGAAUGUAAAUAAACAAUUGAGAUGAGGUUGAUCCUAUCUUAUUUUUUAUGUAUUUUUAUUUUGUUAAAAUGUGUAUUGUACAAUAUUUACAUUGUUUAUUGCAUUGACCACGGACCAAGAGAAGUCCCUUGUAACUGAAUAACUUAAUUAGCACUAAUCCAGCUAUUCUAUUCGGAUUAAAGGAAUAAUUACAGGAGGAAAUCACAGAACA